AUGAAUUUUAAAACUUUUCAAAAAAGUUAUAUAAGUAAUCCAAAUGAAGAUCUUGAUUUUGUAUAUAUGGUUGAAAAAUGUGGUGAUGAAAAAAUUAUUAGAAAUAAUGAUUUAGAAAAAUUUUUUGAAAUCAUUAUUUUAACAGAGAACUACUCUUACUUUGUAAAUAUAUUUAAACUUAUAAAGAAAAGACUUGGUAUUGUACCAAAUAUUAUGAAAUUUUUUGUAACUAAACCACAUGAAGAAGUGAAAAGAAAGAUUUUAGAAGACAAUCGUAAACUAUUAAAUGACUAUAUUUCUGAAUUUUUAUUAAGUGAAUCUUGGGAAUUAAGGGAUUCAGGAAUUUUACUAGCUACAAUAUUAGGUAGAUUUGUUGAUCAAAUUCCAUAUGAAAAAAUGAUUGAUAUAAUUAAAUAUGAUCGUUCUGAGUAUGUUAGGGCUUCUGCUAUUGACUAUGUCAAAGAAAAUUACAUAACCUUAUUUAUGGAAGAUAUUUGGUUAUUUAUGACUAAUGAAUGGAAUUCCAUUGUAAGAAGGAGUUUAAUAAAAGUGUUGAUUGAGUUACCUUUAAAAAAGUUAGAAGAAAAUGAGAAAGAAAAACAUAUUACAGGUAUUAAAAAUAAUCUCAAAAUAUUAGAAAUGUACAGUGAUGAUGAUGACUCAUGGAUUAUUGAAAACAUAAGAAAAUUAAACAUUCUGUAUGGUAUAGAAAUUGAAGAUAGUCAACCUCUUUUAAAAAUAAAAAAUAAUAUUGAUAAAAAUUCUUUAUUAGAAGUCAUUCUUUUAGAAUGUCAAAAUAAAGAGGAACUCCAAGACAAAGAAUGUUAUGGAGAUUAA